AUGGAUUUCCUCAAGCGCAAGAAAAACAAGGAUAAGAAUACCACUGAGGAGAAUCAAGCGCUGAACAGUGGAGAUCUGGAGAUUUAUCGCGCCGGCGCUUUUGAAGGCGAUCCUCCCACGGGGAGUUUCUACGCGCCACAGCCUGCGACUAGUGCGUAUGCGGGGGAGACGUUAGUUCAGAGGGCUGUUAAUGCUCCUCCAGCGCCGAAGCAGAAGAAGAAGAUGAGUAAACAGAAAGGAGCGAAGAUGGGAGGUGCUAAGGAGGAAAUUGAUAUUGCGGAGAAUAAUAUGGAUGAUCCGGCGCAUCAGACUAUUUAUGGACGCGGGUAUGAUAUGAGGAAGAGGGUGGUGGGAGAGGAGUAUGUGGCGAAGGCUUUGGAAGCGGGGAGUAGUGAUUUUUUGAGACCUUUGCAGCAGUAUGCUACGGAAGCUGCGUGGGGCACUAUAUGGACACGCCCAGGUCUAGAGUUGAAGACUAGAAGUUUGCUUAAUUUGGUUAUGUUGACGGCGUUGAGUAAAUGGACGGAAUUGGGAACUCAUGUGAGGGGUGCGGUGAGAAAUGGUGCUAGCGAGGUUGAGAUUCGGGAGACGCUAUUACAAGCUAGUGCGUAUUGCGGUAUGCCAGCUGGAAUGGAAGCUUUUCGAGUCGCGGAUCGUGUGUUGAAUGAGAUGGAAGAGAAAGGCGAAUUCAUUAGAGAUAGAGAUUAA